GAGGGUUUAGUUCACACACGUGUUAAGAACAUGUCUGCUCACGGUGUAGUUAUAUUUUGACCUGAUAUAAAGUGUUUUAAGAGUAGUUUGAUGCUGUUUCGGUUCAUAAUAAUAAUCUAUAAUUGAUAGCAGCGUGUAAAAGCGCUACAGGAUGGCUCAGAGAAAGAAGAAACCGAUGAAGAAGAAAAGACACCCAGUCAGCAGAGAACCGGAGGCUGAUUCUGACGCCGGAGACUUUGAACUGGCUGCGGAAAUUAAGGACGAUGAUUAUCCAAAAAGGAAACUGCCACGGUUCCCCACGUCGUCGGACUGCCUGUCAGAUGUGGAACCCGACACCAGGGAGCUGGUCAGGGCCCAAAACAAGAAGAAAAAGAAGUCUGGGGGCUUUCAGUCAAUGGGUCUCAGUUUUCCCGUGUUUAAAGGGGUCAUGAAGAAGGGCUACAAAGUUCCUACUCCGAUCCAACGAAAGACAAUCCCAGUGAUUUUGGAUGGCAAAGAUGUAGUCGCCAUGGCUAGAACCGGUAGUGGUAAAACCGCUGCCUUCCUGGUGCCCAUGUUUGAAAAGCUCAAAGCUCCUCAAGCCUCAACAGGAGCACGAGCCCUCAUCCUGACCCCCACCAGAGAGUUGGCCCUUCAGACCAUGAAGUUUACCAAAGAGUUGGGAAAGUUCACUCGCCUCAAGACUGCCUUGAUUGUUGGUGGAGACAGUAUGGAUGAUCAGUUUGCCGCUCUCCAUGAAAACCCUGACAUAAUUAUCGGUACCCCGGGUCGUCUCAUGCACGUUAUCCAGGAGAUGAACCUGAAGCUGCAGAGUGUGGCGUACGUGGUGUUUGACGAGGCUGACAGGCUCUUUGAAAUGGGUUUCGCCGAGCAGCUUCAGGAGAUCAUCCGCAGACUUCCAGAGACCAGACAGACUCUGCUGUUCUCUGCUACGCUGCCAAAACUGCUGGUGGAGUUUGCUCGAGCUGGACUGACGGAACCCGUGCUAAUCCGUCUGGAUGUGGAUUCUAAGAUCAGCGACCAGAUCAAGUUGUCAUUCUUUCAUUUGCGUGUGGAUGACAAGUCGGCGCUGCUGCUCCACCUCCUGAGGAACGUGGUGAAGCCUCAGGAGCAGACGUUGGUCUUCGUUGCCACCAAACACCACGUUGAAUACCUCAAGGAGCUGUUAUCUUCAGAAGGCAUUGAGUGUGCCUACAUCUACAGUGCCCUCGAUCAGACAGCCAGGAAGAUCAACAUUGGGAAGUUUGUUCAUCGAAAAGCCAUGGUGCUCCUUGUAACUGACGUUGCAGCUCGUGGUAUAGACAUCCCCCUGCUGGACAAUGUGAUCAACUACAACUUUCCUUCCAAAGCCAAACUCUUCCUGCACAGAGUUGGCCGUGUUGGGCGCGCCGGGCGCAGUGGCACAGCCCACAGUAUGGUUUGUCCAGAUGAGAUGCCUUUUGUUUACGACCUUCACCUUUUCCUUGGGAGGCCUCUUCAGCUUGCCACACCUGAACACACAAAAGAUUCUGACAGCGUGUUUGGCCGCGUUCCUCAGAGUAUCCUGGAUGACGAAGGUUCUCAUUUGCUCACAUCCCACAACAACUCACUGGACCUUCAAAACUUGUACAGAGUCUCAGAGAACGCCUACAAGCAAUACCUAAAAUCCCGACCAAACCCUUCACCCGAGUCCAUCAGGCGGGUCAAAACCACAGACCUGUCCGUUAUAGCGGUCCACCCAUUACUAGGGUCAGGACUCGAGAAAACAGAACUGGAGCGCCUUCAAAUAGUCGACGCCAUCAAGGGCUACAAAUCGAAAUCGACCAUCUUUGAAAUCAAUUCCAGCAAUAAGACGGUGGCCAGUGAAGUCAUGCGGGUCAAGCGUUCCAAGGACACGCGGUUAGUUGAAAAAUUUACUAAACAGAGAGAAGACCUGGUGGCAGAGAGCAAGCUGCAGCGCCGCGCCACCACCGAACAGGCUUCCACCCUCAGCACAGGCACAGUGGAGGACAAUCCACAGGGGGUGUUUUCAAAGGUUGUAGGUGGGAAGAAGAGAGGCCUGCAGGAAGAUGGAGAAGCCCGACCGCUGAGCAAGAAAAGCCGACAGACAGGCAGAGAUGAGGAGUUCUACAUCCCCUACAGACCCAAAGACUUUAACUCUGAGAGAGGGUUAAGUCUGGGAGGAGAGGGCAGUAGUUUUGAGCAGCAGGCUUCUUCGGCUGUUCUGGACCUGAUGGGAGACGAGGGAGAGCAGUUCAGCCAGCACACAAAAAUGAUGAAAUGGGACCGCAAGAGGAAGCGUUUUGUGAGAGAGACAGGAAAUGAAGACCAAAAGAAGAAGAUAAAAACAGAGAGUGGUCAGGUGGUCAGCAGGAAAAGCCAAAAGAAGAAGUUCUAUGAGGAGUGGAAGAAAAAAUACAAGGUUGAGGACGGAGGAUCAGAUGAAGAAGCUGGAGGAGGGAGGAGGAGGGGUGCAGGAGGUAGGGGCGCGUCUUCAAUCUCAAAUUUAAAGUCACAUGUCAAACUAGCGCUAGCUGAUGUGGUCACAAAGCUAACGAGGUCACUUUUCUCAGGUCGCGGGCACGGCCGGCGAGGCCGUCCCUUCCAGAGCCCAGCAGGGUCCCAGCAGGCGCCCGAUGGUCGGCGAGUGCGCUCAGAGCUGAAGAGCAGCGCGCAGAUUCUGAAGCAGCGUAAAAAACAACAGAAACAGAAAUUCCUUCAGAGCGGCGGCUUUAAGAAGCUCCGCGCCAAAAACAAAAAGUGGCUCAGCGAAAUGAAGAAGUCCGGAUUUGGACGGGGCAGUCAAAAGAAAGGCAAGAUGAGGAAACGACUGUGAGGACAGACUACGAAUGCAGAAGGAUGCGAGUGUGAAAGUGUGAUGGUGAAAGGCACUCAUAAGGAACGACAAAUGACCGAUGCCAAUAUUCACCUGCAGGGUUUUCCGUCGCCUUUAACACUUUGAAAGACUAGAUGAGGAAAACGUUAUUAGACUUCACCUUAAUCUUGUUUCCUUUGGUGUGAAUAUUACUGAGUUUGCUUCUGUUGUCUGUAAACCUUUGAGUAUGGAAAAAUGUUUCUACCCAUUAAAUGAUCCCAAAAUACAAGAGACAAGUGUUUAUGAUGUCAUAUACAGCUCAGCACUACUGUGCACAGCUUUCCUGAAUGGAAAUGAAUUAUGUUUGCAGUUUAAAAGAAAAUUAGCCUUAUCAUGGAUAUUUUAAUUAAUAACUGUAAUCAGGCUGUAGACCUUCAUCCUGACUGCAGGUCCAGUUUAGACCAAAGGCUGGUGCUAAAAACUGUGCACAUCUACUGUUUGCUGUUCAACAGUGACUCCUACUGGGCUGAACUGGAAUAAACUUGCAACAUUUUAGAAGCUUUCUUGGUCAUCCAUUAUUAAACUUGAUCCCUAAAUCCAAUCAUUUUUGUUAUUAUUAUUA